AUGGAACUAUAUAUUAUACAGGGGCCAACAGCUUUAGAGUCGACCAAUGCCUACAUGCAUAAGGAUUUGGCAAAAGUUUGGGCAAAGUAUUGCUUUCCCAAUGAAGAUUGGACAUCUGACCAGUCAUUGUAUAAGUUAUACAAUCAAAAUAAGUUCUUAUGUGGAAAGCAUUUUAAUGAUUCCUCAUUUACUAGCAGUGAAAGAAUUAGAUUGCACAAGUUUGCCAUUCCAACUGAUGCACAAGAUAUUUUGGCCCAGAUGCGUCUGGAAGUUCAAGCCAGCACAUCACAAUGUUACUCAAUAUCUGCAGAACUCUCAGCUGAAUGUAAUACUCAGAGCCCAACAGUGACCAAGGUAAUUUUAAAUUAUGUGUUACACGAGUUAGAAAUU